UAUAAAAAUCCAGAUGUUACUAAAAGAGAAAUCACAAAUGUAUUAAACCAAUACCGAGAUCUCAGACCUAAACUGGAACCAUUUGUAUUUAAUAAUGGUGAACAAAGAGACUUAUUGAAUUUGGAAGGAACUAUUCCAGUCACUUAUAGAGGAAAUCAGUAUAAUAUUCCAAUAUGUAUAUGGAUACUUGAUACUCAUCCACAAAAUCCUCCUAUGGCCUAUGUUAAACCUACAAGUUCAAUGCAGAUAAGAUCUGGUCAAUAUGUGGAUACCAAUGGUAAAAUAGAUUUACCAUUCUUACGUGAAUGGAGACAUCCACAUGCAGAUUUAAUAAGUCUGGUACAAAUUUUGACGAUGACAUUUGGUGAUGAAUGUCCAGUAUUUUCUAGAGUUCCCCCAAGAGGUGGUCCCCCACCAUAUUCAACCAAUUCAGGUGUAGGAGCAGCUCAACCUCCCUACCCUCCUACUGGAGCUGUUGGUAGUUCAAGUGGGAAUUCCCCGUAUCCACCAUAUACACCAACAUCUACAAGUGGAUAUCCUGGUUCUAGUUAUCCUAAUCCACCCUAUCCACCCUCUGGUUAUCCAGGACAGAAUUAUGGUGGAACUGGUACAGUUACAGAGGCUCAUAUUAAAGCAUCAUUAAAGUCUGCAGUGGAAGACAAGUUAAAACGAAGAUUACGAGAAACAUUUGCCCAAGCACAGGCUGAAAUGGAUGUAUUAAAAAGGACACAGACUGAUUUACAGUCUGGUAAGGUAAAACUAGAGAAGAUGUUAACAGACCUUGAAGAAGAAAAGACUGAUUGUGAAAAGAAUUUAUUUCUUUUACGUGAAAAAUCUUCGGAAGUACAAGAAGCUUUAAGAAAGAUUGAAAAUGAAGAUGAACUAAAUAUGGAUGAGGCAGUAGUUACUACAACACCUUUAUAUAGACAGCUGUUAAACUCAUUCUCUGAAGAACAAGCUAUAGAGGACACUAUAUAUUAUCUAGGUGAAGCACUGAGAAAAGAUGUUAUAGAUCUGGAGGUUUUUCUUAAAAAGAUAAGAGAGUUAUCCAGAAAACAAUUUAUGCUGCGAGCUUUAAUACAGAAAUGUAGAGAAAAGGCUGGACUACCACCAUUAGCAUAA